GGAAGAGGAGGGAUGGUGGCGGCGGCGGCGGCAGCAGCGGCAGCAGCAGGGCCAGGGGGUUGGUGAGGGGGGAAUGUCGGCCGGCUCGCUGCCCACAGCGGCCCUGAGGCGUCUCCUGUGAGGAGGGCGGCGGCUGAGGCGGGCCCCCGAGCACCUGUGUUAUGAGCACGCAUCGGAGUGUUUGCGAAGCGUCUCAGGGCCGUGCCCUGCAGACCUCCAGGCACAGUGACUCAGCCACUUCCCUGAGCAGCCUAUUCCUCUACACAACUGCUGUACAACUUUUUUGAUAAAGAAAUUUCUCCUAACAUCCAACCUAAACCUUCCUUGAUGCAACUUGAGGCCAUUUCCCCUCGUCUUGCCACUUGGUGCUCGGGAGAAGAGCCAAAUCCCCACCUCACUACAGCCUCCUUUAAGUUCUGAUCCACUUUCAGUGAGCUGCACUGCGUGGCUGGAGUGAACCUUCAAUAAUGAGUGGUGCAGCUUUGGGACUUGAGAUAGUAUUUGUCUUUUUUCUGGCCUUAUUCCUCCUUCAUCGGUAUGGAGACUUCAAGAAACAGCAUAGACUGGUGAUCAUAGCAACAUUACUGGCUUGGUAUCUCUGCUUUCUUAUUGUGUUUAUACUGCCUCUGGAUGUUAGUACGACAAUUUAUAAUCGAUGCAAACUUGCUGUUAACUCCAGCCCGGCGGAAAGUAAUGGCUCUUAUGUUACUCUUGCUCCAAGCAAGCAAAAAUGUUUCAAACCAUGGAGUUAUAUUCCUGAUGGAAUUAUGCCAAUUUUCUGGCGUGUUGUGUACUGGACAUCACAGUUUUUAACAUGGAUUCUGCUACCUUUCAUGCAGUCCUAUGCUAGGUCAGGAGGGUUCUCCAUUACUGGAAAGAUUAAAACUGCAUUGAUUGAGAAUGCAAUCUACUAUGGCACUUACUUGCUGAUUUUUGGAGCAUUUUUAAUAUAUGUCGCUGUAAACCCAAAGUUCAAUUUGCAAUGGAACCAACUUCAGACUAUUGGGAUAGCUGCUGCAAACACAUGGGGUCUCUUUCUUCUCGUGCUGCUUUUGGGCUAUGGUUUGGUGGAAAUUCCUCGUUCUCACUGGAAUGGGGCUAAGAGGGGUUACCUUCUUAUGAAGACCUAUUUCAAAGCUGCCAAACUGAUGACUGAAAAAGCAGAUGCAGAGGAAAAUUUAGAGGAUGUUAUGGAGGAAGUCCGUAAAGUAAGCGAGAGUAUCAAGUAUAAUCACCCCUUGAGAAAGUGUGUUGAUACAAUACUGAAAAAGUGUCCUACUGAGUACCAGGAACGAAUGGGUAGGAACAUGGAUGAUUAUGAAGAUUUUGAAGAACGACAGAACAGUUAUCCAAGUGAAAAAAGUUUGGUCAAACUUCACAAGCAGGUAAUUUAUUCAGUACAGAGGCAUCGUCGUACACAGGUCCAGUGGCAAAUUCUUUUAGAACAAGCCUUUUACUUAGAAGAUGUGGCAAAAAAUGAAACUAGUGCAACUCGACAAUUUGUUCAUACGUUUCAGUCCCAGGAACCAGAGAAUAAAAUUGUUCAAUAUUUCUACACACCGACUGUUGAGUGGUACUGGGAAUGUCUUCUACGACCAUGGUUUUACAGGGUUCUUGCAGUCGUUUUGGCCACAUUCUCUGUAAUUGUCGUGUGGUCAGAGUGCACAUUUUUCAGCACAAAUCCAGUUUUAUCGCUAUUUGCAGUUUUCAUACAACUGGCAGAAAAGACGUAUAAUUAUAUAUACAUAGAGAUGGCCUGUUUUCUUACCAUCUUCUUCCUAAGUAUUUGUGUUUAUUCCACUGUCUUCAGGAUCCGUGUAUUUAACUAUUAUUAUUUAGCUUCACAUCAUCAGACAGAUGCAUACAGUCUCCUUUUCAGUGGCAUGUUAUUUUGCCGUCUUACUCCACCAUUAUGCUUGAACUUCUUGGGCUUGACCCAUAUGGAUGCAACAAUCUCUCACAGAGAUGCUCAGCCAACUGCUUACACAUCGAUAAUGGGAUCAAUGAGAGUGCUGUCCUUCAUUGCAGAUGGAUUCUAUAUAUAUUAUCCAAUGCUGGUUGUCAUUCUCUGUAUUGCAACCUACUUUAGUUUAGGAACUCGUUGUUUGAAUCUUUUGGGAUUUCAGCAAUUCAUGGGGGACAGUGAAAUGACCUCUGAUUUGAUUGAUGAAGGAAAGGAGCUAAUCAGAAGAGAGAAAAGAAAACGACAAAGACAGGAAGAAGGUGAAAACAGAAGAAGGGAAUGGAAAGAGCGGUAUGGAAAUAGAGAGGAUUCUACUAGAAACAGGGUUGUCCACACAGAACAGAAAGAAUCCAGUUUCUCAGAGACCAAUACCAAUAGACCACUGUCAAAGUACACCCGAUCAAAUGGUAGGACUGAGAGAGAUAGAAUAGAACUUCUCCAGGAUGCAGAACCUUUGGAUUUUAAUGCAGACUCAAUUAAUGAUGACCCUCUUGAAUCAGACUCUGGAAGGUACCAGCCUGGUGGAAGAUACCUGUCAAUGUCUCGAAGUGUAAUAUUUGAUGAUGUCUAAACUCAAAGCUAAGGAAAAUUCAGUGGACAUGUAUUUCCUAAUCGUUGCUUGGAAAAUACUGUAUUUAUGAUAUAUCACAGAAAUAGAGAAGACCAUUUUUGUUUUUAAAAUAAUAAUGAAGGAACAACUAUAUUUUGGAAAUGCACAUGUAUUAGAACUUUACCACCUACGACAAGAAUAAACUUCUUAAGAAGA